AUGAGGUGUAAGAAACACUUACCGGACCUCACCAGCACCAUCGGCGUGUGCGCUUCGUGCCUCCGCGAACGCCUCCAGCCUCUCCUCGCAGCCCAGGCCCAAGCCCAAUCCCAGGCCCAAUCAGAACGUUCCACCACCAAUUCCAACGUGGAUAAUAAUCAUCGUCGAAGAAAGCCCAAGCCCAAGCCCGAAGAAAACCCUCCGCCGCUCAAUUUCCCGCGCUCGGUGUCUCCCUACGUGACUCACCGGAAAUCCGACUACGACCGCCUCCGGGAUAGGCUGUUCUACAGCACGCCGCAGGUGAGCGGCGCCGCCUGCGACGGCGGAACUGCUUUGGAGAAGCGGAGGCACGGCGGAAGGUUCUGGAUCCUCUCGAACUUAUUCCGAGCCAGAUCGAACAAGACCGAAUCUUCGCACGAACCGCGUGAGGAUCCGACGGGUCCUCAUCCGCCACAGUCAUGGUUUUCGACAAUCCUCUAUGCGCGCCGGCACCACGACGUGCGGUCCCCGCGCGCGGAUCGAGGAUUAUCGCCAUCAACAGCGGAAAAUUUCACCCAAUUCUCCGCUGACUCAGCGCAAGACCGAUCGGACUCGGGAAAUUCGUCGGAAACUUCGCCGGCGAAACAGAAUCCGACGCCGGUGACGGGGCACCGGCGAUCGCGGAUGGGACCCACAGGAAAAGGAUUCACGAGCAUGGCGUUUUGUCUGAAUCCGUUGGUUCGGGCGGGUCCGAACCGGCAUUGGAGCCAUCAUAAUAAAGGGUUGGCGCAGGAACAGGGCGGGGGUGGGGCCCACCACAUAUCCAAUGCGGCGUCGUUUUGCGCGAACCGGUCGCGGAAGCUUGCGGAUUUCGGAAGGGGCGCGCACAACCGUUGA